AUGAGGAAUGAAAUCUGUUCCCUAGCUUUUCUCCGGGCAGUGUUUUCAGAGUUUUUGGCCACUCUGAUAUUUGUCUUUUUGGGACUGGGCUCUGCUUUAAACUGGUUACCAUCUCUGCCGAGUGUCUUACAGAUUGCAUUUGCUUUUGGCCUUGCUAUAGGUACUUUAGUACAAGCUUUAGGACAUGUUAGUGGGGCUCAUAUAAACCCAGCCGUCACUAUAGCAUUUUUGCUUGGUUCCCACAUAUCCAUACUGCGAGCCUUCUUCUACAUUAUAGCCCAGCUGGUUGGAGCAAUAGCAGGUGCUGGCAUUCUUUACGGAGUUACACCCAGUGAAGUCCGUGGCGACUUAGCAAUUAAUGGGGUAAGUAUUCAUUAAUAUUUAAAGUUAUUUUGGUUAGAAAAAAAUGGGUUAUUCUGCAAGUGCUGGUUUGGUAUACUGUAUAUAUAUAAGCUAUUCUGGAACAAUAUGUUAAAAAUUUAUUGAUCACCAUGGAAACCAAUAGAAUUGUUGCUGUUAAUUGUUCCUCUAUAGAACUUUGUCCUAAAAUUUCUCUUUAUGAAAAAAAAAAAAAAAAAUGAACAAAGGAUCAUGGUUUUAUCUUUGCAGUUUUGAAAAUUGUAGAUAUCAUAUUUUUAAAGCACAAUAUAUUGUUUGGAAGUUAUUGGAAUCAGUAUUUGCUCAGAAACCAUUGCAAAUUAAGCCCAUGUAAUCUAUGUAAACGCGAAGCCAGCUGGCAUCGUUUGAUGUAAUCUACGUAUAACAACAAAUUACUGGGUGUGAAAGGUAUGAAUAGUUAUUUCUAAUCUGAAUUGAUAGCAAAUACUGAAAUAUAUAUCCAUAUUUCUAAUAUAGCCAAUUUCGUUUUUAUUUGUAUUUUCUGUGCAGGUUCAGCCAGUGCUAAUUGAUUUUUUUGCAUAGUCUAACUAAAGGUGUAAUUAAUGUUCCCUGAAUCAUAAUUAAUAUAUGUAUGUGUUCUCUAGUGUUAAAUAUGUCACACUCAAAAGUGAGUAGCUUGGAAUAUCACAAUAAAUAGGUUACUGUACAAAGGAAGAGAACAAGAAAACUACUUGUAUACAAUGUAAAAUUAUGAGAAAUGUUGUUUUUUGUUUUAUUAAUUUAUUUUUUUUAAGUGAUUAAUAUAACUGUCUCACUUGCAGGUAAACAAUGGGACUCCAGGACAGUGUUUUGCUGUAGAGCUGAUACUAACAUUCCAACUGGUUCUCUGCAUUUUUGCGUCAACUGAUGGACGGAGAAAUGACAACCUGGGGUCUCCUGCCUUAUCGAUUGGGCUGUCUGUUACCCUAGGGCACCUUUUGGGGGUAAGAUUAUUUUCUGUUGAUUAUGUAACUAAUAAAUCCUGUUGAAUCUAUUGGUAUAAGGAAAAAUGUAUUUCUGUCUGUUAGCACAUGUUCUAACAUAAAGAAGAAAUUUGGAGAAUGGAUUUGUUGCACACACUAGAAGAGCUGCUGUUUUAGCAUUAAUUAGUAGGACAUGCAAAUCUCACAUUUGGAUGUUAUGCAAUGCAGUUAAAACACAUAAGGGUAACUUGAGGGUUAAAGAUUUUUCAAUCUCAAUUUCAACAGUACUUGGGAGUCGUCCAAGCUAUUGAAUCUCAAGAUGUGCUCUGCUAUUUUAAAAGUUACAUUGCUAACAUUUCAGGGGAAAAGAAAACUACAAUGCUAUGAAUUUGGUUUAAAUGUUAUAAAGUAUUAUGUUCCUUUACUGUAAACUGAUCCAGCACAGGGAGGCAGAGAGGCAGAGAGGCUUUUUUAUUUGGACAAAUAUGAAAUAUGAUGAAGCAAGGUUAAAAGCCCAGAUGUCACACACUGAACAUAAAAUGACGGGUACUUUCUCAGACAUAUGUCAUCUUAUUCUAAGCUGAAUGACUUCAAAGUAAAGCAAGCAGGCUGUCCUGAUACUGUACUGAUCUAGAAUUAUCUAUCACUGAUGUAGCAGAGAGAUUUUCAUUUUACCGACAACUGCAGCUGAUUGGCUGGAAAAAACUCUUAUGCCAGUGGAAAACUCCUGUAACCUGGUGGCCUAUCAGACCGCAUAGGGCAUGCAAGAAACUGUAACAGCAUCUGUCUGCAAAUAUGCAUAUCUGUUAUAUUGCACACCUGCAGCAAGCCUCUCAAAACAUGUGCUUCAACCAAAACAGCAAAAGUUGAACUCAAAGUUUAUUUUCACUUUUUUCUGGAUGCAUUUUAUCAUUGUCUUUUGUUCCCUUCCUAUACACAUUUACAGCCGUAUUACCAAGUCACCGAGCAACUGUAGCUUGCAUUUUUCAUGUAGUAAAGCAUUAGAUACUAUUCACUCAAUUUUUUUUCCAAAAGCCAAAAUGUAGCAUUACAUGAAAAAUAUCAUUUAUUUAGUCUCAGUAUCAAUUACAAAUCUAGUAUUAGAAAACUUUUGACAAUCAUAACAUGUCUUUAAUUCUAAAUAGAGCGAUAUUAUGUUUACCAUAGAUUUGUGUUGUUUUUGCCUUACACAGUGAAGCAAUGUCGAUUCUUUGUGAUUGCUAAUCAAUACUCUCUACUUACAGAUCUACUUUACCGGCUGCUCCAUGAAUCCUGCUCGAUCCCUUGGACCUGCUGCCAUUACUGGAAUCUUUGCUUACCAUUGGGUAAGACAUCCUUAUAAUGUGAUAAUGCGCAUAUAGACAAAAAUUAUUUUAAGUUGCUAUUCCACAUGUGGCCACAGGGUGCAGUGUUGAUCACAUAUUGCCUUAGUCACUGGUCAUUGAUAUAUAUUCUCUUUUUUAAUCCAGUGCUACCUGUUUAGCGGUAUGAUUGGAGUAAUUCCAUGAGUCAAUUUGUGAGUUAUGCAGGUUGUUGAUCAUUACAAGCAUGUGUUUAACACUAGGUCAGGGGAAGGCAACCUUCAGCACUCUAGAUGUGGUGUACUACUUUGCCAUCAUUUUGGCCAUUCCUACAUUAUGGGAAAUGUAGUCCAUAUCUGGAGUGCCAAAGAUUGCCUACCCCUGCACUAGAUUAAAAUAGUGUUCUGGCAUACAUUUAUUAAGAACUCAGAGGGAUUUAUCAGCGCAUUUUCAAUUUUUUGUUAGCAGUGUGUUGCUAUAGCUGUUAUGCUAGUUCUGAAGCAAAAUGGCAGAGCAUGUUCUACACGAAUGUAUUACAGACACAUAUAAAAACACUCAAAACAAAAUUGCAACAAAUAAAACCCCUCAAAUGUUAACACUAAAUAAUCUCUGUUUAAAGGACCACUAUAGACACCCAGACCACUUAAGCUUAAUGAAGUGGUCUGGGUGCCAGGUCCAUCUAGGAUUAACCCUUUCUGCUGUAAACAUAGCAGUUUUAGAGAAACUGCUAUGUUUACUUUAGGGUUAAUCCAGCCUCUAGUGGCUGUCUCAUUGAGAAUGCUUUCCUAUGAAACUGGCUGAAUGCGCGCGCAGCUCUUGCCGCACAUGUGCAUUCCGCCGAUGACGGGGAAAGGAGGCGGAGAGUCCCCACCGCCGAGGGAGCCUGGCGGUGGAGAAAAGAUAAGUGAUUACCCCCUUCCUCCAACUUCAGCCCGGCGGGAGGGGGACCCUAAGAGUGGAGGGGACCUAGAGACCCUAUAGUGCCAGGAAAACGAGUAUGUUUUCCUGGCACUAUAGUGGUCCUUUAAGCAUUACCUUUAUUUAAUUUUACAUAAGAAUGUUGCAACUCUCACACUCUCAGACAAAGUAUAAUAUGUAACAGCACAUUUUCCAGUGAGACAAAAUUCAGGCACAAAUCAACACAUUCUGGCAGCCACGACACAACAAAACAGAGAAUGAAAUAUAAAAUGUUAUAUAGAGAAUGCAAUUCUAACAUAUUCAAAUUAUUAUUUUUCUGUGUCCUAGGUGUUUUGGAUCGGACCAAUAGUUGGUGGAAUUUUAGCUUCAGUCGUUUACAAUAUGAUUCUCUUCCCAUAUAAUAAGAGCUUCUCAGAUAGAUUGGCGAUUUUGAAAGGUACUUAUGAACCAGAGGACGAGUCUUGGGAAAACAAACAAGAGAAUAAGAGGCAAUCUGUCGAAUUAUACUCAGCACACACUCUUCCUAAGGCCGUAGAGAAAUUCUAAACCACAAAAAACAUUUGUAAUUUAAAUUAUUUUUCAAGAAACGAAGAUUACAUUUGGGUUACUUAAAUGUUCUUUUUGUUUAAAUGUAAAAAGCUGCUAAUUUGCUUAUAUAGAUAUUAAUCUAAAAUAACAGUAUCACCUAGUAUAGUAGAUUUUUUUUAACCCCUUAAGGACCAAACUUCUGGAAUAAAAUGGAAUCAUGACAUGUCACACAUGCCAUGUGUCUUUAAGGGGUUAAAACACCCAGGCUAUACAAAGAGACACAUGGGAUAGAUCAUUAAAGGAUUUAAAAAGAUAAUGGAAAACUUCCAUAAAUAUGUAUAUUUUUGCAGGGUAUAUAAAAGAUGCAUUAUGCAUUACGACAAAUGUAAUGCCCCCCCAAAAAAAUUGCCUUUUAACCUUUCGUGUUUAUAAGUCAUACAUCAAUAAUGAGCACAAGACUCUGCUUGUAGGGCAACUGUGAAUUCUAGUUACUUAAUUGUUUGUGAUUCACCUCUUACAUAGCCCAGAAAGGAAUCUUGAACAAGCACUCUCCCUGCAGGUUAAUUGUGUUCGUUUUGUUCAUAUGCACACUGUAGGGAGUUAUUGCUAUAAAGAUGAAUUUAUUUCUGCUUAGCUACAUAAUUGCUUACACAAAAUGCUUACAGGCAACAAUUCCCAACAGCAAUGUGUAGUAGCCACAUUUCUACCGAACAAGCAAGUUAUUAACUGAAAGAAAUAAACAGUUCACUAUCCUAAUGUUAUACACAUGUAAGUUUGCUGGGAGCCACUAUGUCAGAUAGAUGUACCAUAUUAAAAUACUUUAAAGCAGGGAUGCCCAAAAGGUAGAUCUCCAGAUUUUGUAAAACUACCACUCCCAUGAUCCUUUAGAAUGCCUCUAGAAUGACAAAACAUCAUGGAAGGUGUAGUUUUAAAACAUCUGGGGAUCUACCUUUUGGGCGCCUCUGCAUUAAAGAGUAACCAGUAUAUAUUUAAAUUAGAGAACUGAUUGGAGUGUAUAUUGUACGUUUCUGAUGUGUUUUAGUGCAAUUUUGCUGUGUGCUCAGAUUUUGUGCCAAAUAAAAACUGCCAAUAUAACAGAACUAUAAUGUAACGCACAAACGCAUUUUUAGUCAGAGAAAACACAAGUUGUAAGUCUUCUAACUUCCCCCAUCACAAACAAAUGAGAAUUUUGUAAAGUUAAAAAAAGUUGUCACAUUUUUACCAUUAGUCCAAAAUCCUAAAAAAAACAUGAUUUAUCCCUUAACCGUGCAUUGACGGAAUUAUCAUUUUUUUUAUACUCCGAUAAUGAAGAAUAUGUAUUUCGUAUCAUUAAUAUUAUUUUGUACAGUCUAUUAUGUAUCUAUAUAUUGCUGAGGAAUCUGGUAUUUUCUUUUCUUAGGCUUUGGUGGGAAAGCUUACAUAUGAAUGUAUAAUGUGAUUAUAUUUUAAUAUGUAUUUAUGUUAUUAUGUAUAGAAGUGUAUUUUUUGAACGUAUUUCUUACAUAAAUAUGAUCAUAAACAACUAAACGUGAAAUCAGCUGUAUGUCUUCUAGGUGAUGAGUGAAGAUGAUUGAGUAAAUUUUUCUAAAAUUAAAUAGUCUCUGCUAAUUUAUUAUUAAUAUUUUUAUUAUUAGAAGGAAGGCUCCAUAUGGAAAAAUUAACAACAUAGUGAAUAUGGCAAGGUCUCAUAUUGGCUAACAGUCUGUUAGUCAAAGCAGCCUUAUAUUUUAGUUAAAUUAAAACUGGGAGUUGAGUGAUUUCCCUUAAAGGACCACUCUAGGCUCCCAGACCACUUCAGCUUAAUGAAGUGGUCUGGGUGCCAGGUCCAGCUAGGGUUAACCCAUUUUUAAAUAAACAUAGCAGUUUCAGAGAAACUGCUAUGUUUAUUAAUGGGUUAAGCCUUCCCCCUAAUCCUCUAGUGGCUGUCUCAUUGACAGCCACUAGAGGCGCUUGCGUGCUUCUCACUGUGAUUUUCACAGUGAGAGCACACCAGCGUCCAUAGGAAAGCAUUGUAAAUGCUUUCCUAUGCGACUGGCUGAAUGCGCGCGCAGCUCUUGCCGUGCGUGCGCAUUCAGCCGACUGGGCGGAACGGAGGAGGAGAGAAGGAGGAGAGCUCCCCGCCCAGCGCUGGAAAAAGGUUCUACAUGCAUGUAUUACAGACACAUAUAAAAACACUCAAAACAAAAUCGCAACAAAUAAAACCCCUGAAAUGUCAACACUAAAUAAUCUCUGUUUAAAGGACUACUAUAGGCACCCAGACCACUUCAGCUUAAUGAAGGUAUAGUGCCAGGAAAACAAGUAUGUUUUCCUGGCACUAUAGUGGUCCUUUAAUGAACAAACAUUGUUAAAACAAAAACAGCAGUAGAUGUUUGCUGACUUUACGUAAACUUUCCAAACGUUUAGCAUUGCAAUAACAAAACAUAACAAUAUACAAAGCGUAUAAAUAUCUAGUAUUCCCUUACGUUAUCACUAGCAAAUCUGGAGCAUAUGAUUUAACUUUUGACUCCUCUGUUACUAAAGGAACACUUAAAGCACCAAAACUACUACAACUUCCUUUGAAUGGUUUGAUUUCUUGCUUGGAACUUCCUUUAGCUCCCUUGCACUUAACUCAUUGGUUGAGAUAAGCCCAUGCUGUAUAAUUGUAAAUUCAUUGUAAUAGCAAUCGGAAUCUUCUUACACUAAAUAGCCUCCACUUACAUCUAUUGCAGAUUUUUGUCUAUAACUAUUUCUCUGGUUUGUAAAUCAGCAGCUGCUCCUAAACAGACAUAUUCUCAUUCUACCACCCAGGCUAGACCACAUCAAAUUUAGUAACAGCAGCACAGAAUGAACCAGUAUAGUGCUACAGGAGAUUCGAUUAAAAUAAUUUACACAUUGUCCAUAUAUUGGUUACAUGAAGAAAGAUGAUAAAUUAGAGGGUUGUUUACUAAAAAGUUAUAUUUGUGGUCAAAUUUAGCUGUUGAGGGAAUGGUUUGGAGGAAGCUUGUAUAGUGCUAAAAUCCGGAAACUAUUGAUCCUAAUGAUAAAUAUAUUUAUAUGUACAUAUAUAUAAUUUAUUGAUGCCCUACUGACACAUCUCCCAAGUAAGAAAUAUCACCAGCACCACAAUACUAGUUCUGUAUUUACCACUACACAAGAGAUUGUGCAUACUGGUGGCAGAAAUGGGAUUUAAAGGAAAUCUGCAUAAGAUUCCCUGGGAGCUCCUAGCAUAUAAAACAGCUCACUCUACUGAGAUACAAAAUCACAUUUUUGAGAGACUUGCUAAGAUUAAAAUAUUUUGUUGCCCAUUUUUACAUAUGGCACUAUUUUAUUAAUAAAUGUAAAUAUGUGUACAGCAAGUAGCAUGCAAAAUCAGAUUUGGAUUGAAAAAUUAUAAUUGCCUCCCAGUUUAAUGAGAUAUAGAAUGUGUGCAGCAGUACGCGUCCACGAAGGAAUAUUAAUAAAUCUCCUUCCUGCAAGAGAUACAGUUUGGUUCUGUUAAGUCACUGCGUUUAUCAGUGUUGUUUAGAAAAAACUAUGUGAACUUUUGACAUUUAAAAUUUUUUUUUAUCACUCAGCAGACUGCAAACCUGCACUUAGAGUUAUUACAUUAGAGAGAUGAACGUAAAGGCAUCAGCACGACAGAAUUUUCUUUUUCUAAAGUGUUGAUAAUGCACAUGGAUUCGCUCUACAGACACGCACACAUUUCUCUGAUGAAGAUUAGGGUCAAUGUUGCAGUCCAGAAAUACCUCACAUAAGUCAAGGCACUGCAUAGAAAUUCAUCACAAAGUAAAACACAGCAGACAGAUUAUUAAACGGAACUCAGGCCCCUAUUGCAAGUCCUUGAAUAUUACAAUUGUCAGGGUCAAGGUCAAACGAAAAAUACUUAUUUUCAGGUUUUCAAAGAUCUAAAGCAAGCCUAUUGAAGAGGCGCUUAACUGAAAUCUUGAUGAUGGACAGCAAGGGCAAGAAGGUGCAUGCAAUAUGGAACUAGGUUUAAUGAGGGUGGAAUAUCUUCUGAACAGAGAACUAACCUUUGAAAACGAGAAAAACUUCCUUUAAAAAUUGCUUCUCCUAGAAUUUGAAAGCAACAUUUAUCAAAGAAAUAAUGCUACUUAACCCCUUUAUUGCAAAUAAUGCAACUGAUUUUAUUGUUUAUGUAUUUAUCUCUAUCUAUGGAGAUGCAUGUAUUAGGAAAGAUUAAAUGUUUCCAGAAGCCCAAGAUGGCCUUAUUUCCCCACAUUUCGCUGGUAUUAUCUUUCAAAAUGAUGGGAUUUUUUUACGAUUUCUGAAAACUAAUGUUAGAGCUAGUGUUAGAGCUAGCGUUGGGGUUAAGGUUUGGGUUAUGGUAAUACCUGGUAAUACUUAUGGUUAGUGGAUGUAACACACCUGGGCAACAGCUGUUAUUUUCCGCUACAACAUUAUUUCAACUCCUCUCAUGUAAGUGAUAGACCAAGAGAGGAGCUGAGAAGAGUGGAUCAUACUGUCUGUCUCCCCAGCUCUUUUUCUGGCAUAUCGUUAGCUGUUAGUUAUCAUGUAAGUGACAGACCAAGAGAGGAGCUGAGUGGAAUGGAUCACACUGUCUCUGUCUCCCCAGCGCAACUCCUGGCAUAUCAUUAGCUGAUACACAGCUUAGAAGGUUAAGCUAUUGUUUGACAUAUUGCAUCAUAUAGCUCGCAGCAACAGACCUAAAUUGUUCCUCUGUUUACCAGAUUGUCAAUAAUACGGUUUUAAUAGUAAAUCCAACCUUCCAGGCAAAUGAGAGAAUAAUUACUAAAAGCUAAAAAAGUCCACUUGAACACAGCACAUCUUAAACACAAUUCACCAGAGAAUUAAUGACCGUUUGUGAAGAAUUAUGAAAUAUUGAAAUAAUGUGACAGUUGUUAAUAAGUAAGUAGAUAUUUUAGCCUAUGAACUUGUGUAAUCCAAUGCAAACAACUCUAGUAACAAAGUGAUUAUUUAAAGAUUAAUAUUAUUAAGGAAUACACUCUAAAUGGGGUAGCUGGUGUGAUAUUCUACUCACUGCAGGUGGCAUUAUUACCAGCACCAUGUACUAGUUAGAAAAAAAGCUUCUUCUUUUUCACUUAUUUUAACCCCUUAAGGACACAUGACAUGUGUGACAUGUCAUGAUUCCCUUUUAUUCCAGAAGUUUGGUCCUUAAGGGGUUAACAGGCUCAAACCAAUAAUGGUCAAUUUAAUCCCACACGUUUUUGAAUAACAUCUCUCAUGAUGCUACGACAACUUUAAUAGAAUAAUCCGAGCACGAUAACCACUGAAGCCCACUGCCAUAGCACCCUCCAACAAUAAGUACUCAAACUUGGCAACUUGGUAAUAGCUUGGCAACUUGCCUCGGAUCUCCCUAAAGCCCGCUGCUGCCUCAUCUGUAGGAAGUGUUCAUUAACUGAGAGUGCCUAACUCAUAUGCUCAGUCAAUGAACUGGGGCUGUGUGGCAUGGCUUAGCUCAGUGGAGCUAUAAGAAGAUCCAACAACAAGGGAGGCAGCAGUGGACACCUGACAGAUCACCUGUUAGUUAUCAAAUGGUUUGACUACUUACUUUGGGAGGAUGCUAGCCCACUCCUGCUGUAGUGGUUAUGGUGCUUGAAUUGGUCAUUUAAAUGUAUCCCAGGACCAAGGGCAUUGUUGUCCAGAUACAUCUGGGGUGCCAAAGUAAGCUAUCUCUGCUUUAAUCAAAGGCCCAGAUAAACAUAGAGGCAACUAGGCAACUACUUUAUGUGUGACAAAACCCUGUAUUCCUUUGUCCCAGUUAUUUUUCCCUACAUUUGGUAAUAUACCGAACACCGACCAACCACCGGGCUCAUUUAACUUCAAAGAAACCACAAACUUAAGUGCUCUCUCUGUGUGGCUACUGUUCGUAUUACCAAACAACACUUGCACUGGAAAAUGGCUGCCAUCUUGUCUCCCGAAAGCAGGCAGCGGUACCUGGUCAUCUAGUGUCUGGAACUCUAAUGCAGACACUGGACCCCGUGAACACUGGUGAUUUGGUGUGAACGCCUGCUUCUUUCCACGACAAGGUAGGACAGCGUUGUUCGGUAGGAACAAGGCGAACAAUCGCUACCUAGGAGCCAGGGGAACAGUUCAGUAUUUCUUUCGUUUUGGGACUCCCGAAAAUGACUGACCACUACCACUUUUCUCAUGGAACUAUUUUGCGCAAAGUCUACAUGGGCGGUCGGUCAAACCUUUACUGGUGACGAUUCGGCUGUAUUUGUGAGAUCUGAGCACUAUUUGGACACUUUGAUCGCUCAGAUCCAGGCUAUCUGGUAAUAUAGGAUUUGUGGGGGUCCCUAUUAAUAUUAUGUAUGUUUUGGGGUAUUUUACAUUUUAUAUUUUGUACCUCUAGUGCCUGGGAGAUAAUUAGUUUAAGUAAAGUACACAAAUUAUCUCCCAGACACAGAGACUUUGGGGCAUGUUGUGGGAGUGUUUUGGGCGUAUUUUACUAUGUCUUUGCUUGAGAUCCCAUGCUGGAGGUCUGUGUAUACUAGUGGGCCAUUUGGCCUGAAUAAAACAUUCCUGUUGUACCCUUCAUCACGUCUCGAUUAAUGUUUGGGUAUGCAAACAACGAAACCAUUGAUUUGUUGAGGCUGGGAACACUGCUGGUGCUGAGUGGGCACACUGUCCAUGUAUUGUCAGCCUCAGAGGACCCGUUGGAAUUUUUUAAGGGCCUUAAACUACCACCUAUCCCUCUCGAGAUACAGAAGGGAGUAGUGACCUUGAAUGUUAACAUUCCCAAUGUGAUGCAUUGCAUCUUUUGUUGUUGGAUUUAUGAACCUCAACUGUCUUUAUACUUCGCCUAUGCGUGCAUAUUGUCUGCAUACCUUUUUCUUUGUAUUUUUUAUUAUCUAUUCUCUGUUUUUUAAGACACAAAUAAAACGGUGGCAUUUGCUGCACCAAAAUAAAGAAUUACAUUUUUUUUUUUUAUGUCAUUAUCGCUGAUUGUAAAGCCAUAAAAGCCCCAAAGGAGUUUUUAAUCAUGGUCUGAAGAAUAUGAGUAUAUAAUGGAUGCACUUCUGAUUGUGGGGAAAAUAUAUUAAUUUGCAACAUGCUUAGAAUGCUAUGAUACAUGUUUUCCGUGCCACCUGUACCAAAAGAAGGGAGUGAUUGAAAUGUACAAAUCAUAUGUAAUUAUUUAUCAUACAGGAGACAGGCAAUCAAAUGCUUCUCCAUUCCCUACAACCAGUAUUCAUACAAAUUAAAUUUUAGUUGUUUAUAUAAUGCUUCUAUUAUGUUUCUACAUACUAUCAUAAUUAGAGUUGAGCGGACACCUGGAUGUUCGGGUUCGCCGGGUUCGGCCGAACUUUGGCAAAAAGUUCGAGUUCGGGACUCGAACUUGACCCAAACUCAAACUUUUGGGCACUAAAAUUGCUCUAAGAAAGUCCUGGGAAGGGCUUGAGGGCUGCAAAAGGAAGUAAAAUGUAUUGCCUAAGUACUAAUAUACUUACCCAGAGGAAGAAGAAAAAUGUUACACUGUAUACAAUUUUAAAUAAAAAGUGUACAAACAUAGCCAGGAUUCAGCUGUAAGCAUUUGCAACACUUACAACAAUCAAGUAACACACAUUCAUAUAGAAUGUAAGUUACUUGGCCAGUCAAUGUAAUGACAGGAAUGAAUAAGUAGAUAACUCCCUAAUUCCCACAGUAUUAGAGAGCUAUCUAUCUACUAAAAGGCUGAAAGACCUGAAUUGGUCUUUCAGCCAAAUUUACUAAUACUAAGUAAAGAUUACUUAGUAUUAGUAAAUUAUGCCCCCACUGGCUAUACUGCGAGUAGGGGCAUGUCUAUUAAGCCUAUGGCUGCUCACUGUUAAAAAAAAAGGUGUCCUCCCCCCAGGCCCCCACCCCUGAGCG